AAAUGUCAGAAUUUAGAGGAGGAGAAAAUUUACGACGAAAAUUAUUUUUUCCUCUAUCCAAUCGUAAAUAUCGUGAAGUGAAGUGACACAAAAUAACAUAGAAACGGAAGGAACAGUAAUAACAGCAACAAAGAAAAGGUGUAAAACAAAACGUAGCGGAGCGCCACUUCACCAAUUACUUACGAAUGCGCUGACAAAUAAAAUUUGCGUAUAUUUCUACGGGUAAAAAAUUAAGUAAAUAGCGACAUAAUAAAUUGAGCUUUUCUUUUCAAUAAAUAAUAUAACAAAUAAAAUGAACCGGAGUGAUGGUUUGGUGAGACGAGCCGUUAAAACACGGGAUAAUGGAGCUGAAGGUGGUGCUGCUGGCCUAAAUGCAAACACACCGGAUGACGAUAACGAUUUGAAUAAUAGUAAUAAAGAUCAAGAGGACAAUAUAGAUGAUGGAGAUUCCAAACAGACACGUCUAACACUUAUGGAAGAAGUGUUGCUGUUGGGCCUAAAAGACAAGGAGGGAUACACAUCCUUUUGGAAUGAUUGCAUAUCGAGCGGUCUACGUGGCUGCAUUCUCAUUGAACUCGGUUUGCGAGGUCGUGUGAUGAUGGAGAAAACGGGUAUGCGUCGCCGCGGCUUGUGUUCCAGAAAACUCGUAUUGAAAUCAGAUCAGCCGACCGGUGAUGUGUUACUUGACGAAGCGUUAAAACAUAUUAAAGAAACAGAUCCACCAGAAACUGUGCAAAGUUGGAUAGAAUAUUUGAGUGGCGAAACAUGGAAUCCCUUGAAAUUGCGGUAUCAAUUGAAAAACGUGCGUGAACGUUUGGCAAAGAAUUUAGUGGAAAAGGGCGUGCUGACAACAGAGAAACAAAAUUUUUUACUUUUCGAUAUGACGACACAUCCGCUUAGCGAUAAUGUGGUCAAAUGUCGUCUAGUGAAAAAGAUACAAGACGCCGUACUUUCCAAAUGGAUCAAUGAUCCACAACGCAUGGAUAGACGUAUUUUGGCCUUAAUAUUUUUGGCGCAUGCUAGUGACGUAAUCGAGAAUGCAUUUGCGCCGCUAAAUGACGACGACUAUGAAUUGGCCAUGAAGCGUGUGCGUGAAUUGUUGGACUUGGAUUUUGAAACGGAGGCGGCCAAACCGAACGCAAACGAAAUACUUUGGGCAGUGUUUAUGGCUUUCAGUAAAUAA